UUUUUUAUUUUUGAUUUAUCAGUUUUGAAAACUUGGAUAAGGAAGAAUUUUUGAGGGACGAAACUUUUUCUAUUUGUAAGUUUUGUUAGUUUCAAAUAUAGAACAGGAAUAAUUAUUUUUCAGACGAAAUUCUUUGACUUAUAAGGAUUCCUUAGGUCUGGGAUCUAUAUAACUUCCUUAAGUCUGGGAUUUCAAUUAAUUUUCGAAAACUUGGAUUAGGAAGAAUUUUUGAGGGACGAAACUUUUUCUAUUUGUAAGGUAGUUUUAAAAAAUAAGCUGAGGUUUGAAAACGAAACCUUUUCUAUUUAUAAGAGGAUUCCUUAGGUCUGGGAUCUAUAUAACUUCCUUAAGUCUGGGACCUCAAUUAAUGUACUUUUUUCAGCUCUGAGUAAAAGUUUUAAAAUUUUAAACCUUUUCGACGCAUUGGAAAAUCAUUUUAAGAAGGUCUUGAUCCUGUACAAUGGUGUGUUAUCUGUGAAUUCGGUGUUUAAUGAUUUUAUACAAGGAGUCUUAUCAAAUAAUGCCUUCAGAAAGUGAUACCCGUAAUAGAUCGGUCCCACACCGUAUUACCUAUAAACUGGCUGAUCAAAAACCUGAAAACGAACGUGUGGUUGGUAAGAGAGCUUUGCCAAAAACAAGUGUUCCGUACAAAAAAUGUAAGGUCUGCUGUGAUGGUGAAAAAUCUAGGGGAAAUAUACCGCCGAAAAAUACCGCCAAGAAAAGAAAAUGGAACCAUGAAAUGGAUACUGUGCACACAGCCAAACGUAAAUGUAGGGCAAAAGGCUUAGAAGAUCAAACCUUAUUAGAAGCAAAUCGUAACUUAGACGAGACGAACAACCAAGAAAUGAAACAAGAAAUAAGCUUUUGUGACUGCAAGAAAGUAAAAGAAACAAAAGAAGAUUUCUCCACCACCGUGAAAAAUCAGAAUAUGGAAGAAACUGACAAAAAAAAACGUGUAAAGAAAAUACCGAAGAAAAUGGUGGUGAAUUCUGAUUAUAAGACAAAGCUACGUCCUCGAGCUCCCGUUAUUAAUCAAAAAGACAACGGUGACGCUCAAGAAUUGAAAAAGAAUAAACAUGAGGAAAUGAAAGUGAAGUGUGAACAAGAUCGGAAGAAGAAAGGUGAAUUGAAGAAAAGUGUUAAGGCUAAGCAUGAGAAGGCUAAGCGCGGAAGAAAAAAUAAAAAAAAGCGUAAAAAGGGUAAAGGUAAAGAAAAAAUUGAAGGGGAGCAGGAAAGGAAAAAUGAAGAACAGAAGGAAACAACUCGUGAAGGCAAAAGUGAAACGACCACUUUAUAUAUCAUAAAAUUAACAACAACUAAACGUGUCCCGUGAUAUUUGGAUACAAUGUAAUUAAAUUUUUUUUUGAAAACGUGGACGAUUUCAAUGCUAACUGCAAAAAAUUUUCGAAAUUGUGAUGUGUGUAUGUGAUGAUUAGUAAAACUAUAAGUUUUACAGUGCUUUAUUUCGAAAAUUGUAAUUGUGUCAAUAAUUAAAACUGAAUUAUCUUUUCA